AUGGGUUUCAUUCAUCUCCUCUGCCUCGUUGUUUGGUUUUCCAGUGUCCAUCCCAAGUUCUCUCUUCCCGAUGGCCUGUCAUCUCCGACUCAAUUGGAGAGGACCUACAUUGUCCAGGUCAGUCCCCCCGACGGCCACCACCCUUCUGAGUUGGGAGAUGUCGAGUCCUGGUACCGCUCGUUUUUGCCCACGGACUCUAUGGCCUCAAAGAACCAGCAGCGCGUGCUUCAUUCUUAUCGGAAUGUGAUGACUGGUUUCGCCGUAAGGCUGACUCCGGAUGAAGUCACUGCGAUGCGGCAAAAGCCCGGAUUCGUGGCAGCUCGCCCAGAGCAAGUAUAUCCCCUGCAAACGACACACAGCCCCCAGUUCUUGGGCUUACCGCUGCUUCAGGGAUCUUUCAAUGGCUCAACAAUGGGGAAGGGAAUUAUCAUUGGCGUGAUGGAUACGGGAGUGACACCUGAUCACCCUUCAUUCAGCGGAGCCGGAAUGCCGCCUCCACCGGCCAAAUGGAAGGGGAGGUGCGAUUUCAUGCCAUGGCAAUGUAACAACAAAUUAAUCGGUGCCAGGACCUUCAACAGUGCGGCCAAGAAAAAUGUGACCACGCCACCAACGGACAAUAUGGGGCACGGCACUCACACGGCCAGUACGGCAGCUGGUGCUUCUGUGCCCCAUGCCAAUAUGCUUGGGAUGGCUGAAGGCACGGCUGUUGGCGUGGCUCCAUAUGCUCAUCUGGCAAUAUACCAUGUUUGUUCCACAUUGUCUUGUUUUGAGGGUGACUUACUCGCCGGAUUUGAUGCUGCCCUUGUAGACGGUGUCGACGUGCUCUCACUCUCGCUCGCUGGUCUCUCCCUUCCAUUCCAUAUGGAUGGCAUGGCUAUAGCCACUUUUGCAGCCAUUCAGAGGGGCAUCUUCGUCAGCUCUGCGGCUGGAAACUCUGGUCCUUCCUCAGGCACAGUAUCCAACAUGGCUCCGUGGGUGCUCACCGUAGGGGCAAGCAGCAUCGAUAGGAACUUCCUCUCCAACGUGAAACUCGGCAACGGAGUGGAGUACGAAGGUGAGACGGUAUAUCAACCCUCCUUUCCUUCAACUUUAUUGCCACUGGUGUAUCCUGGGAUUGACGAUACACGAGGAUCGAAACUUUGUGAAGAGGGAGCGUUGAGAACCAGCGAAGUGAAAGGAAAGGUUGUCGUGUGUGAAUUUGGGGGAUGGAACCCAGACAUAGAGGUGAAAAGAGCUGGGGGAGCCGCUAUGAUUUCAAUUAACUCAGGAUUGGAUGGAUUCACUAAUUUGGCCAAUGCUUAUGUCCUUCCCACCUCUCAAGUCAGCUACUUCACAGGUGAGGACAUCAAGGACUACAUUAAUUCGACCAGAGCUCCUACUGCCACGAUCGUGUUCAAAGGUACCACAUAUGGAAACCCGACUGCUCCGGUGGUUGCUGCCUUCUCUUCAAGAGGCCCGAGCUCGAUUAGCCCCGGAAUUCUGAAGCCGGACAUUGUUGGUCCUGGUUUGAACAUAUUGGCAGCAUGGCCGUUUCCCGUCAGAAAUGAUGCGAAAGCCAAGCAUUACUUCCACAUCCGUUCUGGCACUUCCAUGUCUUGCCCUCACCUCAGUGGCAUUGCAGCUUUGAUAAAGGCCGUUCAUCCAGGCUGGUCUCCGGCGGCUAUUAAAUCCGCUAUCAUGACUUCGGCUAAGAAGCUAAACAUUGAGCAAAACCCGAUCCUGGAUGAAAGACUUGAACCUGCGGAUGUCUUUGCCGUCGGAGCAGGCCAUGUCGAUCCGGUAAAGGCCAUUGACCCUGGAUUGGUUUACGACAUUCAACCCAAAGGUUACAUUCCUUAUCUCUGUGGGCUGGGAUACACGGACAAGCAGGUAGCUGCAAUUGCUCAGAAACCAGUCAAAUGCUCAUCUAGCAUUCCCGAGGGAGAGCUGAACUACCCUUCAUUUUCAGUUGCCCUCGGACCUCCGCAGACAUUUACGAGGAAGGUGACUAAUGUUGGCACGGGAAAUUCGUCUUAUGCUGUCGUGGUUGUUCCCCCACAAGGCGUGCAUAUCAGUGUGAAGCCGGCUAUACUAAGCUUCUCAAAGUUGAACCAGAAAGCAACGUAUUCUGUCACAUUCAGGCGCGAAAGUUGCGCGGGCAUGACCGGUAAUUACUCCCAAGGAUAUUUGAGGUGGGAUUCCAAGAAGUACUCUGUUAGGAGUCCCAUUUCAGUAAUGUUCGACUAAGAAUUUCUAAGAGCAGAAUAAAGAUAUAGAAUUGGAUUGUAAUUUCGUAUUACCACGAUUCUGUGAUUAAAGAAAGCAUAAUCGAUAUGCUCUGAUUUCCCUACAUCUCCGCAAAAAUUGAUGAAGUUCUUUUUUGCAAGAUUACUACUGCUUAUUAGCA